CGACGGGCCACUUCACGCAGCUGGUGUGGAAGAACACGUCGGCCGUCGGAUGCGGGAGGAGGCUGUGUGGCGCCAAGGGGUGGUACCUCGCCUGCGAGUACUGGCCGCGCGGGAACGUGGUUGGCGAGUUUGGGGAGGAGGUCGGGAAGCAGGUUAAUGGGACGGGGAGCGCAGGGGUGAGGCCUGCGGUCGGGGUUUGUGUUUUGUGGGUUGGGUUGGUUGUGCUGGGGACGGGGGGUUUCUUGUGGUGAAUGGGGAUGGAGGAACAGCACUGCUAAGCGGAUCGAGACAUCCGGCAUCUCUACACCUGCAAGGCAUCAACUCCAAGUGGCUCGAGGGUAAAGAGGGGCUGGAGGUGUGUUGUGGGGACCAAGAUGGGCAAUUUCAGGUUCAACACUGAGCAGAGAUGUCCCUCCGAGUUUGCAAUUCCGAACCUCCGCUUCCACCUGACCACUUGUUACUGCAUUGUGCAGCAUUUGUGGGUGGAGAUUGGGGCUAUGAAAUUCCUGAGGAUGUGUUUGAGAAGCUGUAGAGGAACAGUGAUUACUGUAUACAGCGCUGUUGACAAUGGGAAUUAUCGAGCGAAACGCAUAUGUGGCGCCAACUCCAUGUGUCGCAAUAUUCUAAUAGACUACAAAACACAGCCUCGACACUAAAGGUGGGCUCUCUCAGGCGUAUACUAAUGCUAAGGGUUGAUGGCAUGCAGGUAAAUCAUAACUUCUCUUACAAUCAGACUGGUGAAGUGAAGGGAGCAGUUUGGUGGUGACGGACUAGUAAGGGGGACACACUGGAGUGAGGGUUCUCAGUUCUGGAGAGCCUAUAUGGGCCUCACAGAGAUUCAGACUGGCCAAAGACCUUCAAGAUCUCAAGUCCGGAGCGUGGGUCAGAACGAGCUGGCAGCUCAUUCUAGCAAGUUCCUGGGGCAGUAACCGGAAUAUGCCCUUCCGUUUAAAAGGUUGGCUAACAAAGGACCGCUCAUGGCGAAUGCAUAAAUACAAUCUAACUAUCAACAGCCACCAGGGCAUCAAUCAUUUGACAAGUCAGAUUUCCCAGAAGUCUUAGCGAUUUGGCUUUUGUGAGCAAAAGAAGACCUUCUGAUUCAUCGC